AUGUCCUUAGUAUAUCAUCUUGACAAGCACCAUCAUAAGCUCUCCACAUCAAAUAUGAGGAUAAGCAAGAGCGCCCCCGACCUCCUGAAGAAGGCGGUCACGUCCGUCAAGAGCAAGACUGACGCUCUAAGAACAAAGCUCAUCAUUCUUGCCUCUCUGCGCCGAAGGUUGGCGAUGGUCUGUGCGAUCUCUCGCCAGAUCCAUGGGCUUACCCCAUCGAACACCCGGGAGAAGCAGGCUAGGGUGGAGCACCGCAGCAAGGCUCUCACGAUGCGGAAGGCGAUGGUGAGGAGCAAGGAGCCAGCUGGCGGUGAUCAUGGUGUUAGGGCUCAUCCUGGUCUGUUUGAGGUGGCCAUGUUUGAGGACGAUUACCAUGGCUACCCCGACUGGACCAAUUCCCUCUUCGACGAUGAUCAUUGUUACAAGAAUGAGGAGGAUGUCGAUGACGAUGACCACGAUGAUCUUGAUAUUCUUGACGCACUCGAUGAGCCAUCCGUCAUCGAGAUCAUAAGGAGCAAGCGGGAGGUUGAAGGUCUGGAGUUCAACAUGGACGAUGACAUCGAUGAGGCUUGUGACAUGUUCAUUAGGAGGUUCCGAAGCCAGAUGAACCGGAGCUUUAGUGAUUUUUGUAUUAGCAAAUAG